AUGAUUCCUGAAUUUUACUAUCUUUAUUGUGGCGGUUAUCUACGUAGUCUGCUCAUAGAUGUGGCCUUAAAUGCUGAUAACCUAUCUGUUGCCCACUGCGAGUUUUUUGAAAAUUUUCUCGUCCAACAGGGAGAUCCCACUUUCAUCAUUGGCUGGCCACCAAUGGAAAUAGCCCAUAAGCCAACCUUCGAAAACACAAGAAUAGAAGACGGGUCGGAUUGGGCUUAUGCUCUAGUCAAUUGGUCCGAUGAAUCAAGAUUAACAGUCAAUGGUAUUGAUGAAAGAGCUCGAGCUACAAGAAGAGUUGACGAGAUAUAUAGGGACUUUUCGUUCCAAAAAGACAAUGGUGUAGCUGUCAUGUUGGCUCUUAUUCGAAGUGAUGAGAGGAUAGCCCAUGAGUUCCAGAGGCGUUGA